CUUAGUCAAUUUCUGCGCUUUCAUUGGAACGCCUUGUUGUUUCCCAUGCUUGGAAAGAAGUUCACAGGCUUUAUCUGAGGUUCGGAAGAGAGAGGGCACCGCCAGAAGAGAAAAUCGUAUAAACUUAAUAUUUUUGGAUUUCCCUGCAAAUCGAGUGGGACCCGCCAAAUUGACGGGGAAGGAUAGGUUUUAGAGCAGUGACUGCGAGCCAUCUGGAAUCCGAAAGGCUACGGCAGCAGCUGAGUUACAAUCAAUCAUGCGCGCAACAUUGUUGCAGUGAGCUUGUGUGUUGUGACUGCUCGAGCGCGAACAAGGGAACAGGACACAUCCAGCAAUGGUUUACAUCAGAGCAUUUUAUCAGACUUUUCUAUUGUAAACGUAAACUUUUCUCAUAUUCGAAUUAAAUCCCGGGUGUUUAACAGGAAGGAAUACAAUACAUUUUCUAAAAGGAUAAAGUAUGCCGGACCAAAUUACAGUGUCCGAGUUCAUGGCGGAGACAAAUGAAGAUUAUAAAGCGCCAACGGCUUCAAACUUCACUACUAGAAUGUCCCACUGUAGGAAUACCGUGACUGCUUUGGAGGAGGCGCUGGAUGUGGACCGCAGCGUGCUGUACAAGAUGAAGAAGUCAGUCAAGGCCAUAUACACCUCAGGUCUGGCCCAUGUGGAGAAUGAGGAUCAGUACACCCAGGCCCUCGAGAAGUUUGGGGAGAACUGUGUCUACAGGGACGACCCCGACCUGGGCUCUGCCUUCCUCAAGUUCUCUGUCUUCACCAAGGAGCUCACCGCCCUCUUCAAAAACCUGUUCCAGAACAUGAACAACAUCAUCACCUUCCCUCUGGACAGCCUGCUGAAAGGUGACCUGAAAGGAGUCAAAGGGGACCUGAAAAAACCUUUUGAUAAGGCCUGGAAAGACUACGAAACAAAAGCCACUAAGAUCGAGAAGGAGAAGAAGGAGCAUGCGCGGCAGCAUGGCAUGAUCCGCACUGAGAUCAGCGGGGCAGAGAUAGCAGAGGAGAUGGAGAAGGAGAGGAGGUUCUUCCAGCUGCAGAUGUGUGAGUAUCUUCUUAAAGUGAAUGAGAUCAAGAUCAAGAAAGGGGUGGACCUACUCCAGAAUCUCAUCAAAUAUUUCCAUGCACAGUGCAAUUUCUUUCAGGAUGGGCUGAAGACAGUAGACAACCUCAAACCCUCCAUAGAGAAGCUAGCCACAGACUUACACACGAUAAAGCAGGCCCAGGACGAGGAGAGGAAGCAGCUCACUCAGCUACGGGACGUCCUCAAGUCAGCGCUACAGGUGGAGCAGAAGGAGUCUAGGAGAGAGUCCCAGGUUCGACAGAGCACCACCUACAGUUUGCACCAGCCUCAGGGCAACAAGGAGCACGGUACCGAGCGCUGUGGGAACCUCUACAAGAAGAGUGACGGGCUAAGGAAAGUGUGGCAGAAGAGAAAGUGUUCAGUAAAGAACGGAUACCUUACCAUAUCACAUGGGACGGCGAACCGACCGCCAGCCAAACUCAACCUCCUCACCUGCCAGGUGAAACACAACCCAGAGGAGAAGAAGAGCUUUGACCUCAUCUCACAUGACAGAACGUAUCACUUUCAGACCGAGGAUGACCCAGAAUGUCAGAUCUGGAUCUCUGUGCUGCAGAACAGUAAGGAGGAAGCGUUGAAUAAUGCCUUUAAGGGAGACCAGCACGUUGGGGAGAACAACAUCGUCCAGGAGCUGACCAAGGCCAUCCUGGGUGAGGUUAAGAGGAUGACCGGCAACGACGUCUGCUGCGACUGCAGAGCGCCCAAUCCCACGUGGCUCUCCACUAACCUGGGCAUCCUGACGUGUAUAGAGUGUUCUGGGAUCCACAGGGAGCUGGGAGUCCACUACUCCAGGAUCCAGUCCCUCACACUGGACGUCCUCAGCACCUCCGAACUCUUGCUGGCCAAGAACGUGGGGAAUGCAGGCUUUAACGAGAUCAUGGAGGCUUGUCUAUCUGUGGAGGACGUGGUCAAACCCAACCCUGCCAGUGACAUGCAAGUCCGUAAGGACUUCAUCACAGCCAAGUACACAGAGAAGCGUUUCGCCAGAAGGAAGUGUCCAGACGGGGCAUCCAAGCUGCACACGCUCUGUGACGCAGUCAAAGCCCGGGACAUCUUCUCUCUGAUCCAGGUGUAUGCUGAGGGAGUGGACCUGAUGGAGCCCAUCCCCCUGGCCAACGGACACGAACAAGGUGAAACGGCCCUUCACCUAGCGGUCAGACUAGUGGACAGGACCUCACUCCAUAUCGUCGACUUCCUCACUCAAAACAGUGUGAACCUGGACAAGCAGACAGCCAAAGGCAGUACGGCCCUACACUACUGCUGCCUGACUGACAACAUGGAGUGUCUCAAACUGCUACUGCGGGGCAAGGCCUCCAUUGACAUAGCCACUGAGUCUGGGGAGACGCCGCUGGACAUCGCUAAGAGACUGAAGCACCUGCAGUGUGAGGAGCUGCUGAACAUGGCGCUGGCGGGGAAGUUCAACGCCCAUGUGCACGUAGAGUACGAGUGGCGUCUGCACCAUGACGACAUGGACGAGAGUGAUGAGGACAUGGAUGAGAAGGUGAGGCCCAGCCCCCACCGGAGAGAGGAGCGCCCUGUCAGCUGCUACACCCCUGGCUCCAACGCCCACUUCCAGCCCAGCCCGGCACGGGACAAGCAGCGUGGUGGGUACAUGCCCAACCUAGUCACCAACGAGACCUAUGGUGCCAUCCUCAACGCCAGCCCCCCUGCGCCAGGGGGGCCCGCCACCAUCUCUGCACCCCCUCUGCCCCCACGAAACAUAGUCCAGAUGUCAGGUCUGUGUGGGAUGGUCCAGUCAUCAGGGUCCUCUGGGUGGAAGCCUGGCUCUAUAGACCUGGGGGGCCGACAGAGGUCCUCCUCAGACCCCCCCAACAUGCACCUCCCGGUACCCCCCAUGCGGUUCACCUCAACCACUGGUCUUGCUCCUCCCCCCGUGGCCAAGACAGUGAGUGUGAUGGACGCUAUGAACCAGCAGUCUAAACCAGGGACCGGACAGGGCCACAACAGAGCCCCACCACCCAAGUCUCCAUCUGGCAACGCCAAAAGCUUCAGCAAAGGACCGACUCGAACGGGGUCCAUUGAAAGACCAGCUAAGGAAGUGCCGGGAUGCCCCCAGAACUCGAUGGGUCAAUCGCUGCCUCCUGCCCCCAUGCCUAGGAAGACCUAUCCGAAGCAUAGGCCCAAGCGGGUAAAGGCCAUCUAUAACUGUAUGGCAGACAACCCAGACGAGCUGACCUUCUCAGAGGGGGAGGUGAUUGUGGUGGACGGGGAGGAGGACCAGGAGUGGUGGCUGGGCCACAUCGAAGGAGAACCAAUGAGGAGGGGGGCUUUCCCCGUCACGUUCAUACACUUCAUCAUGGACUGAAAGUCAAAGGUUAACACAGGCACUGAUUUGUGGGACGAAAUCAUCAUGUUCAUCAUCAUCAUCAUCAAGUUUGUGCCUGCGCUGACACUAAAGAAGAAUCAAGUGUCGCUGCCCAAUGCUUUGGCUGGACAGUCUGUGGGUUGCCAUGACAACAUACCCACCAUUCACUCCAGGAAUGUCACGUGACGUCAUAUCACUGCUCUUUAGACCAAGCCCGCAAAGGCUCAUGGGGAAACUGUGUUUAGACUUCUGACACAAUCUGACAUUUAAAAACAAUGAUUGUAGUGAGUGAUCACGACAUUAAGAGGAUUAUUGACAAAAUGAAGGUUCUGUUCAUAAGUUUCACUCGGUUUUCCUCUGUGUGAAUUGUACAGAAAGUUAUUUUAAAACAACUGACAGUAAUGUGUAUCUUUAGGAUUUCUUUCACUUAUCGUUAAUGUGAAUAUAGUCGAGAUGCUUACAUUCCACCUCCUUGCAUGGUUAAAGGGUGAACCAUUUUUUUAAGCAUAAUUGCUUGGUAGUCAAAGACAUGUAAAAUUUAUAGGACUCCCAAUGUGGGAGGGAAACUUAAUUCAAAAUGGUGCUAACCCAGGAAUAUGCUAGGAGCCCUCACCAAGGGGUGAUCCACUGUUCACAUCUCCAGACAGUCAUAACAUGGUAAGAACAGGGGGUUCAUGUGGGACAUGGUAAGAACAGGGGGUUCCUGUGGGACAACCUGUAACUUGGUAACAACAGGGUUUGAUGUGGGACAACCUGUAACAUGGUAACAACAGGGUUUGAUGUGGGACAACCUGUAACAUGGUAACAACAGGGGGUUGAUGUGGGACAACCUGUAACAUGGUAACAACAGGGGGUUGAUGUGGGACAACCUGUAACUUGGUAACAACAGGGGGUUGAUGUGGGACAACCUGUAACAUGGUAACAACAGGGUUUGAUGUGGGACAACCUGUAACAUGGUAACAACAGGGGGUUGAUGUGGGACAACCUGUAACUUGGUAACAACAGGGGGUUGAUGUGGGACAACCUGUAACAUGGUAACAACAGGGUUUGAUGUGGGACAACCUGUAACAUGGUAACAACAGGGGGUUGAUGUGGGACAACCUGUAACUUGGUAACAACAGGGGGUUGAUGUGGGACAACCUGUAACAUGGUAACAACAGGGGGUUGCUGUGGGACAACCUGUAACAUGGUAACAACAGGGGGUUGAUGUGGGACAACCUGUAACUUGGUAACAACAGGGGUUUGAUGUGGGACAACCUGUAACAUGGUAACAACAGGGGGUUGAUGUGGGACAGUCUGUAACAUGGUAACAACAGGGGGUUGAUGUGCGACAACCUGUAACUUGGUAACAACAGGGGUUUGAUGUGGGACAACCUGUAACUUGGUAACAACAGGGUUUGAUGUGGGACAACCUGUAACUUGGUAACAACAGGGGGUUGAUGUGGGACAGCCUGUAACUUGGUAAUGACGGGUUUCUGGGAGUAAAAUGUAAACCUCCAUUAAUCACACCUAGGAGAACCCAGGCUCACUACCCUAGUGUGUGUGUGUGUGUGUGUGUGUGUGUGCGUGCGCAUAUUAGCUUGAAACCAUAUCAGUUGCUUACAGCACAUUGUCUUCAUGUCGAUGGCCUACAGUGUGAUGCCAGAGUCCUACUGCAUUCAUACACAUUUAUAUUAUCGGUUAUAAAAUGCCUAAUUGUUGCCCUUCUUACCUAUGCUAUAAUAUCUAGAUCAUUAGUGAAAUGGAUGAUGACUAUCUUAGCUGCAUAGAUCACACUUAAGUUGUGAACCUCCAUCUCUCUGUGGCUAGUCUUUGGGUUUUGCCCUCAGUCCUCCACACUCUAAAUUUUUUUGUUUGCUGCAUUAGAGCAGGAAAUGUCUGUCCUCUCUGGCCUCUGUGGAGGGUGGGCAGUGCAGUGUAGUGUAGCGCAGCAGGAGAGGUGAGGUGAGGGGGACAGAAGUGUGAAAGCCUGUGGUCAGGUUUCUGUUUGAUCUCUGACAGAGAGAGCAGAGGGGUUUAUGAACCUCAGGGGGUGAGGGUGAUGGCUCCUGAUGUCCUGUGCCUUUUAUCUGUCAUGGACAGCAGGCUACCAAAUGGCUCUCACACAGAGAGAGGUACAUGUGGUCGAUACUCACAGUUGUCAUUGUACUAAAAACGACUUGUCCUGUGAUGAGGUGCCAUUGUAAGGGGGAUGGCACUGCCGGAUUACACACUUGAAAGGACAAUGGAACUACUUUUUACACACACACUCACUCUCUCUUUCUCUCACUCUCACUCACUCACACACACACACACACACACACACACACACACCUACUAUAGUAUUAAAUAUGAUUCAUAGUGCUCAGCCUAGAAUUGUACCAUAUUCCAGAACUUGAUUACUAGCUGGGACCACAGUAGUUGCAGACUACCCAUGUUUUAUAUAUACUAGGUCCCGUGCUGAAGAGACUGAUUUUAAUUUAAUAUUCUUACAUUUUAUGGUGUCUGGUUUUGGUUGCAUAGCAACUGUACAUGUUUUGACAUUUAAUCUUAAAUGGGACAUACAGUUCCCUCGAUUGUGAAUAAACUUCGAUAGGCGACGACAACAAGAGGUGUCGCAUGUGAAAAUGUACAUGCCAAGCUAAUCAUCCCCAUAUUAACUUACUGGAAAUAGAAUGGUUCAUCUGUUAAUGUACAUUGUUUUUGUUUGUUGAUAUUUAAAUAUAAAAGAAGAGUUAAUAACCUUGGUAGUAACUGUCUCUUAAUCAGGGCUGGGGUCAGUUUCAAUUGAAGGCAGUCAAUUAAGGAAAUUAUUUUAAUUUAAAAUUAAAAAAUAUAAAAACGUUUUAAAUAAAUAGCUUUUUACUCCUCAGUUUGAGAAGUCAUUGAAAAUAGAUGCUGUUAAUUUUUUCUCACAUUUUGGAAUUGUUAUUUAAGUUAACUUCAAUUCAAAUGGACCCCUGCUCUUAUUCACUGUGUUAAAGAGCGGAUGCCAUAUUGUGUUCUAGAUGGUUUUCUCUUAUUGCACUGUGUUAAAGUGCGGAUGCCAUAUUGUGUUCUAGAUGGUUUUCUCUUAUUGCACUGUGUUAAAGUGCGGAUGCCAUAUUGUGUUCUAGAUGGUUUUCAGUGUAUAUGUAGACUGGUAGAGAAUCUAUUCCAUUCACACUCAUUGACUGUGGAUCACUGCAUUGACUCUUAACCUAUUGUGCAAAAUAAAUGGGAAACUGAAACUGGAAUAAUAAAUUAUGAAAUAAU